AUGCCCCCGCGAAAAGCGCUCCUAGACUCCGACUCCGAUCCCGACCAACCCCUCACAUCCUCCCGUCCCUCUGAUAAACAGCUAGCAAAAGCGCUACGCGAUGUCGUCGCAAAUACCUUCAAGUCAGGCAAGGUGGAGGAAUUGACGGUCAAGCGCAUGCGACUUGCGGCGGAGAAGGCUUUGGGUAUUGAGGAGGGGUUCUUUAGGGCUGAUAGUGUGUGGAAGGCGAGGAGUGAUCAGAUUAUUAAAGAUGAAGUGACGGCACUCGAUCGAGAUUCACAGGAGCCAGAAGAACGGGAAGAAAAGCAGGAAGCAAAUUUUAAGGAAGAAUCUCUUGCACCCGCACCGAAACCUGCGAAGCCGAAAGCACAACCAAAGAAAAGCACCCCGACCCCACGAAAGCGUCAGAAAACAGCUACUCCACAGCCUGAGAAUGACGAAGACGAGGCCUCGGAUUACAAAGAAGAGGAGCAAGAGGAAAAAGAAGUGAAAAAGCUGGCAAGGAAGAGGAAGGCAACACCGCAGAAAACUCAACAAAGAACUACUACCUCAAAGGAUAUCGUAGAAGGUGAUUCUGAUUCUGAAGAGAAACAAGCCUUCCAGCCUUCGAAAGACAAAGAGGAGAAGCAAGACGCCUCGGAAAGUGAAAUGUCCGUCGUGCUCGAUGAGGAACCUGAGCCUAGUCGCAAGCGACAGAAGAGCUCUGAAGCACCCAAGGGGAAGAGAACCACGACGACAAAGAAAAAGGCGGCACCCAAGGCAAAGGACGCGGACCAGGACCCCGACCAGGCAGAGAUCAAACGCUUGCAAGGUUGGCUCAUCAAAUGUGGUAUCCGCAAAUUCUGGUCAAAGGAGCUGGCACCGUACGACACAUCAAAGGCAAAGAUCAAACACCUCAAGGAAAUGUUGGCGGAUGCGGGAAUGAAGGGACGGUACUCUCUAGAGAAAGCCAAACAGAUUCGCGAAGAGCGGGAACUCAAAGCGGAUCUCGAGAUGGUCCAGGAGGGCGCGAAACAAUGGGGUACAGGCAGUCCGGAGGCGGAGGAAGCAAGUGAUAGCGUACCACGGCGACGGAGACUGAAUCGAGGACGCCAAAGCCUUGCAUUUUUGGACGACGAAGAUGGCGAGGAAACCGAUUAA